AUGCUCUUCUGCCCUUACUGCAGCAACAACUUGACGAUCGGUGACGGCGAUGAUGGACCGGACAAGUGCUGGAUCUGCCCGACGUGUCCCUACAAGUGGGUGAUUACGCAGCAGAUUAGCAUGCGCACCCAUCUGCAGCGCAAGGAGGUCGACGACGUUAUGGGCGGUGCCGAAGCAUGGGCUAGGGUCGACCAGGCUGAUGCCGACUGCCCAAAGUGCCAGGAGUGCCACCGCGCCUACUUCCGCCAGUUGCAGAUCCGCUCCGCCGACGAGCCGAUGACCACCUUUUACAAGUGCAUCGACUGCGGACACCAGUGGCGCGAGAACUAG